GCGUGCACAUGCAUGAUUCACUUAGACACAAAGUGUUAUUAUCUAGCUAGUCUGGCUCAGCUCCUCGCUACGUACAGGACCACACCGCCGGCCACGCGUACGCCAGCAAUGGAGAGCAGUAGAGACCACGGCCGCGGCCUCAAGCCGCUGCCAGCGUGGACGACGACGACGACGCCGGCGGGAACGGGACACAGCUUCAGCCUGGCCGCCGGCUGCUUCCCGUGGCCGCCGCAGAGGUCGUCGCCGCCGCCGUCGGUGUCCUGCUACACCUGCGGCUACUGCAGACGGGAGUUCAGGUCGGCGCAGGCGCUGGGCGGCCACAUGAACGUCCACCGGAGGGACAGGGCCAGGCUCAGGCAGUGCUGCUCGGCGUCGGCGGCAGCGCACCCUUCUGCUUCCCUUCCGAGCCCCGCCCUGACCGCGCGCCACCAGCACAGCAGAGCUCCGAUUCCCAACCUCAACUUCUCGCCGCAGCACUGCGCCGCCGGCGGCUCGAUGGCCGCCGCCGACCCCGUCAUCUACAGCUUAUUCUCGACGACGACGUCGUCGUCCACCGCUGUGGCAACGAAGGCGGCAGUUGAGGUGAGCUUGGAGCUGGGGAUUGGGGUCUGCGGUAGAAGCAGCGGCCGUGGCGGUGGUGUCGUCGAGGACGACGGGCUGGAUCUUGAGCUCAGGCUCGGGUGCGCAUGGGAGUGAUGACUGAUGACUGAUGAGGCACACGUACGUAGUGUGUCGUCGUAAGUGUGAACCAUGCAUGCAUGCAGGUCGGUGUAGUGUAGGGUUAAAUUAAAUGGUCGUCGUAGCUGUCAUUAUGUGAACCUUAUUUCCUUUUAUUUUAUUACACGUGUCCUCCCUCGCUAGCUCUCGUCCAUGUAUGAACUAUGUGCGCCCCCGCAGCAGCAUUGCCACGACUUUGCUAAUUGAAGUAAAAAAAAACUUUAUAAUGUUAGUGUGGUUUGUGGCUCCA